AUUUAGAGCAAUAAUGCGCGAGCUACUGUCAAGUAAGUUGAAUUAAAUGAGUUGGUCCUCGGUAAUAACCUACAUUAGUAACUCAUCCGUUAUGUAGAGAAUAAACAUGGAAAAUAAUUGAAUGAUAAGAAGUCGAUUAAAUUUCAACACGUGCUUCUACAAUCUUAAUCUUUUCCUGCUACUUAUUUAUGCUAUUGAGAAAUGCGAAUUACCCCAAGAAGUGUCUUAAAUGAGUGAAGAUUCGAUAAAAAAGCGAAUAGUAACAAGAUAAUUGCAGCAAUGAACGGUUACGGCACAAUAAAAAGUAAUCUGGAAAUUGAUGAAGAGAGCAGUAUUACGAAAGCUGAAAGGUUAAGGAAAAUUAGUUUGGCUAAAAAUGGGCUUACGGUGGUUGGAACGUUCAUCUUCAUCGUCGGUGAGAUGGCAGGUUGUGGAGUGUUGGCUUUACCUAAGGCUUUGGUUAAUACAGGAUGGAUAGGGUUGGUCUUGCUCCCAAUCCUCUGUUUCAAUGCUGGAUACAGUGGUGUAAAACUAGGAAAAUGUUGGGAAAUUAUUGAAGAAAGAUAUCCAGAAUAUAGAGCGCACGUGAGGAAUCCUUAUCCAGCUAUAGCAAAUGUGGCAAUGGGUCCUUUAGCUAGCACUGUCGUUACCGUCUCCAUCAGAAUAACAUUAUUUGGAGCUGGAACUGUGAAUUUACUAUUGGCAGCACAAAUUUUCCAGGAGAUUUUCGGUGAUUUUCUUCCUACCAUAACUUCUUGCACCUACUUUUUAUUCAUGGCAAUAUUUGUAACACCUCUUAUGUGGUUUGGUUCACCGAAGCACUUCAGUUUUGUAGGUCUUGGAGCAGUUGUCACUACAGCAGCAGCCUGUAUCCUGUUCUUUUCGCAAAUGAUUAGCGACGCUAAAGAUCUGGAAAAGGUUCAUCACACACAAUUUGGUUUUGAAGAAUUCUUUUUGGGAUUUGGUGCUAUUCUGUUCGCUUUCGGCGGAGCCUCUACGUUUCCGACAAUACAGAACGAUAUGAAAGAAAAAAAUAAAUUUGGGACAAGUGUCAUUAUGGCCUUUAUAUUAAUCAUCAUGCUAUAUUUUCCUAUUGCCAUUGGAGGAUAUUUAAUUUUUGGUGAUCAAGUAGCUGACAAUAUAGCAGUUUCCCUCGGGAAGUCUCUAUACGUAGAAAUAGGAAAUAUACUGAUGGGUAUUCACCUUAUAUUUGCAUUUCUGAUACUCAUCAAUCCUGUCUGCCAAGAUUUGGAGCAUGCAUUCAACAUACCAAAGAAAUUCAAUUGGAAAAGAUGUGUGACAAGAACUAUGAUAAUUUUAGUAUUAAUUUUUGUUGGUGAGACAAUUCCAAAAUUCAGCAAAAUUCUUUCUCUCGUCGGUGGAUCUACAGUAGCAAUGUUAACAUUCAUAUUUCCCCCUUAUCUUUAUAUGAAGUUAUGUGAUCAAGUCAGUGAUGAAUGGGAAAACAGGUACAUUUCAUCACAUGAAAGGAUCUAUUUGUGGGAACUUAUGAUUGUUGGAACAUUAGGAGGAUUAGCAUGUACCUAUAGUGCUCUUAUAUCCAUAUUUGGCGGAAGUUCUCUGGUGAAACCAUGUUAUUCUAUUUGAUUGGAACUUUACCCACUCUUUCAUAAUUUUUUCGAUGGAAAAAUGGAUAUAGUUUGAAUGUACGAACUGUAUAUUAGUGAAAGAAACUAUUUGUAAAAGUGUGAGAACUUCACGCUUAAAAUUCAGUCUCAUAAUGAAUUUUGUAAAAAAGAAGAGGACUAAGGUGAUGAGAAAAGACCCCUUUGAAUUUUCGAAAACAUCAAGCAUUGUUUGUAGAAUAUUACAAAAAAAUGAAUGUAAGCUUAAGCUAUAGGUAUCUAAUUAUACUCAAUGAGGAUAUACAUAUAUGAAAUUUUAUUUUAACUUUUCCAUUGAAAAUUGAAUUUGUGAUAUAUAUAAUGAUCUGAAGCCGUAGGAAUUUUUACAUGAUAUUUUGAAAUUAUUUCCCUGGAACCUGAAUCUUUGAUACUAUUUUGGUGGGGCGGUCUCAGCCCUCUCCCAGGGGAAUGCGGUGAUUCACUCAGAACCACUGAUAGACUGAUGGAAUCAUCACUAUGGCAACUCAGUGAUCCCUGCCAUAUACACCCUCCACCAUCAUAGCUGAGCGUGUUAAAUUUGUCAUAGAACGGUAAGGUUGGGUUCACGUACCGAGCACUCCGAGCAUCACGAGCCGUGCCAUCACUAGAGCUACCAAAGAGUAACCGAACUGUAAAUGAAUCUAAACUUGUUGGGAGUGAUGACAAAGCUACCUCAUCAAAUGAAAUUGAAAAAUUGUUGAAUAUAGAUAGUUACCAUAGUAGUUGAAGAAGCUACUGGAAAACACAUUAGCUAACGGAUUUACAAAUAAAAAAAAAUUGCCAAUUGAAAGGAUUCGAUUUCCUCAUGGUAACACUAGCACUAUAUAUGAUAAAAAUAAUGAAUCCAAUCUUACUUGAACUACUCUAUAAAAAAGCUUAUUCAGAUAUUCAUUUGAUGUCAUGCCGCAAGCAUAUGCGCUUGCUAAAGUUGAAAACAAUAUUUACCUAUGUAUUAGAAUUGUAUAUUCUGAUAUCGAUGCUAUUAUGAUAUUCUAAUAAUAAUACUUCUUCAUUUCACAAAUAAGAUGCUCACCUGAAGUGAAUAGUCUUCUCAAAAUAAUAAAGUGGUUAGCUUUCUAAUGUGUAAUUAAAAAAUCCCCUAGUUUAUAAGGCUCAAGUUGUAUAAUAAAAGAUUUUACCCUAUUUUUUAAUAUUCUUGAAUAAUGUAUUUUCUUAAUGUUAUUUGGUAAAUUAUUAAAUAUUCUGAUA